UUCAAAGUUUCCGAAAUGCCACGUGCGUCUAUUUAUAUCAGUGCAUUCGUAAUAACCUAACCAUUACGAAACUUAUAUUCGAUCAAAUAAGGCUCUUGUAGCAAAUUAGCAAUUCCAUUUUUUAUUGACCAAAUCCGACACUCUCAUUGGCCAUAAAAUAAUAACCUCACUUCGUGGUCUUAUUUUCGUGGACAGAUUUUGGGCGGAGUAAACCCUCUCGCUUCAUCUCUUCCUCUCUGACUAUACCUGAAGUUUUGAGGACUCUUCUGGAAUUUGGGAUUUUAUGUGGAUUUUCUGUGAAUACUAAGUGGACCCAAUUGAUCUCUUCUAUAUUAUUGAGGAUUAAUCUUUAAUUUAUUAACCAUUUAUUUAGUGAAAUGGCAAACGCGGGGAUACAGCUCCUUGGAUUCGUCUUGUCUUUUCUUGGCUUCAUCGGGUUGAUAGCAUCCACGAUCAUGGCCGAGUGGAAACUGUCAUCCUAUGCUGGGGACAACAUCAUAACGGCGCAAGCCAUGUACGAGGGGCUUUGGAAGUCUUGUGUGUCACAGAGCACUGGUCAAAUCCAGUGUAAAGUGUACGAUUCACUGCUCCAACUAACGGGGAUGGUGCAGGGCACACGAGGUCUCAUGGUGGGUGCCAUCCUGUUGGCUGGCAUUGCGAUCCUGGUGGCCAUGGUGGGCAUGAAGUGUACCACCUGUCUGGCUGAGGACCAGGAGAAGAAGGACAAAGUUGCCCUGACUGGAGGAAUCGUCAUCAUUAUCGCAGGUCUGUGUGCUCUGGUGGGGACUUCCUGGUACGGGAACAGAAUAGCAAAGGAAUUCUACGACCCCUUCACUCCUACAAAUUCCAGGUAUGAGUUUGGCAAGGCCCUGUUCGUAGGUUGGGGCUCUGCUUGCUUCACCAUCAUAGGUGGAGCCUUCCUCUGUUGCAACUGCUCCAGUGAAGGCUCAGGAAAGUCCUCCCGCUACCCCCCGAACCGCUCUGCUGCCCCACCAGGCAGAGACUACGUCUAGAGCCUGGGGAUAUCCAGGAGACCAGGGUCGUGUUCAUUAGGGUAGACGUUUCAAAAUGUUGUGCAAUGGAAAUUGAAAGCAAGCCUUUACUUACUGGUCAGGUAGUGCCUUCCCGUUUCACUCCAUUUAAGUCCGUUUUCCUCUGUUUUGUGCUGAACAUGACCCACCUCCAUCCAGUCACUCUCUAUUCUGGGUACAGCACUGCCUAGGGUCAAAGCUGUGGUUAUUUUUUGUUGAUUUGAUGGUUGGUUUGGUUUGAUUCAUGAUUUCUGUUAUUUUCAUUUCUGGUUGUUUUACUGUGAGACACUCCACUAGCAAGCAAUAUAUCCAUGAUGCAUACAUACAGUACUCUAUGACUAUUUUCACACUAUCGAUUCAACCCAAACUGCACUGUGCUGGCUCUGAUGUUUUCUUUUCACACCGUUCAUGAUUCCAGCAACUAUGGUGGAUGCGUAACGAGGACAGCACUGUUCAGCUCGGCCCCACUUCGUUCGGCUCAGUAGUGUGAAAAUAGUAUUUGUGUGUAGUUUGAGAUGUACAGUGCAUUCGGUAAGUAUUUAGACCCCUUGACUUUUUCCACGAUUUGUGACAUUACAGUCUUAUUCUAAAAUGGAUUAAAUUGCCCCCCCCAUUUACAUAAGUAUUCAGACCCUUUAUUCAGUACUUUGUUGAAGCACCUUUGGCAGCGAUUACAGCCUUGAGUCUUCUUGGGUAUGACGCUCCAAGCUUGCCACACGUGUAUUUGGGGAGUUUGUCCCAUUCUUCUCUGCAGAUCCUCUCAAGCUCUUUGUGUUAAAUGCUCUACAACAAAACUUUCUUGGUGUCCAACAAGCUUUCUCUGCCUUAACCCUGUUCUGAACACCUCAAAAACAAAGGUCAUGUGGUUUGGUAAGAAGAAUGUCCCUCUCCCCACCAGUGGGAUUACUACCUCUGAGGGUUUAGAGCUUGAGGUAAUCACCUCAUACGAGUACUUGGGAGUAUGGCUAGAAGGUACACUGUCAUUCUCUCAGCACAUAUCAAAGCUGCAGGCUAAAGUUAAAUCUAGACUUGGUUUCCUCUAUCGUAAUUGCUCCUCUUUCACCACAGCUGCCAAACUAACCCUGAUUCAGAUGACCAUCCUACCCAUGCUAGAUUACGGAGACAUAAUUUAUAGAUCGGCAGGUAAGGGUACUCCCGAGCGGCUAGAUGUUUUUUACCAUUCGGCCAUCAGAUUUGCCACCAAUGCUCCUUAUAGGACACAUCACUGCACUCUAUACUCCUCUGUAAACUGGUCAUCUCUGUAUACCUGUCGCAAGACCCACUCGUUGAUGCUUAUUUACAAAAUCCUCUUAGGCCUCACUCCCCCCUAUCUGAGAUAUCUACUGCAGCCCUCAUCCUCCACAUACAACACCCUUUCUGCCAGUCACAUUCUGUUAAAGGUCCCCAAAGUACACACAUCCCUGGGUCGCUCGUCUUUUCAGUUUGCUUCAGCUAGUGACUGGAACGAGCUGCAACAAACACUCAAACUGGACAGUUUUAUUUCCAUCUCUUCAUUCAAAGACUCAUUCAUGGACACUCUUACUGACAGUGGUGGCUGCUUCGUGUGAUGUAUUGUUGUCUCACCUUCCUGCCCUUUGUGCUGUUGUCUGGGCCCAAUAAUGUACGUACCAUGUUGUGCUGCUGCCAUGUUGUGUUGCUACCAUGCUGUUGACAUGUUGUGUUGCUAUCAUGCUGUGUUUUCAUGUGUUGCUGCCAUGCUAUGUUGUUGUCGUAGGUCUCGCUUUAUGUAGUGUUGUGGUGUCUCAUGUCGUGAUGUGUGUUUUGACCUAUAUCAUUUGUUUUUUUUAAGUAUAAUUAAAUCCCAGCCCCGUCCACGCUGGAGGCCUUUUGCCUUCCGGUAGGCCGUCAUUGUAAAUAAGAAUAUGUUCUUAACAGGCUUGCCUAGUUAAAUAAAGGUUAAAUAAAAAUGUAUAUCAGGGUG